AGAGAAACUAGAAGACUUCCUUAAGGAGAAUGGACCAAGAUCUCCACUACAGUGAAUAUAGUGGAUGUCUACUGCCUCCAGAGCCCAAGACCAGAGAACAGUUGUUACAAUAUUCCUGUCAGCUCACACUGGACCCAAACACAGCAGGCACACACCUCUCUCUGUCUGAAGGGAACAGAAAGGUGACACGUACACGCCAAGGCCAACCAUAUCCUGACCAUCCAGACAGAUUCACCAACUGGUGUCAGGUUCUGUGUAGAGAGGGUCUGUCUGGACGCUGUUACUGGGAGGUGGAGAGGACUGGUGGUGUUGAUACAGCAGUCUCAUAUAAAGACAUCAGCAGAACAGGGAGAGAUAGUGGAUUUGGAUUCAAUAACCAGUCCUGGAGUUUAGAGUGCUAUAGUGGUGAUUAUUGGUUCAGACACAAUAAUGUUGAGACUGAAGUAUCAGGCCCUCAGUCCUCCAGAGUAGGAGUGUACCUGGAUCACAAGGCAGGUACUCUGUCCUUCUACAGUGUCUCUGACACAAUGACCCUCCUCCACAGAGUCCAGACCACAUUCACUCAGCCCCUCUAUCCUGGGUUUUGGCUCUAUGGUUAUAAUGGUACUGCUGAGCUGGUUAAACUGUAGUAGGGUCCACAUAGAUACUAGUCAUGCUGGUGUAGUCUAUAGCUGAGCUGGUUAAACUGUAGUAGGGUCCACAUAGAUA